AUGACUAAAGCAUGGAAGGUAGAAGGAGUCAUAUGUUCGCAGAAGGAACCAGGGCUAUUCACUUUCAUAUUUCCUACGGAGGAGGAAAAACAUCGAAUAUUGAGGAACUCACCUUGGUCAUACUCAACCAACCUGCUAGUGUUACAGCAGUGUCUUCCAGAAAUCCCAGAGCAUUGUUAUGAAUUCUCAAAGGCUGCCUUCUGGAUUCGCAUUGGAGGAGUCCCCCCUGGCUGGAGAAUAGAGAAAGUAUUCAAUGACCUGGGGAAAAGGUUGGGAAAGGUUAUUGAAGUUCAACUCGACUCAAUAAAUCAUGCUCAGAACAAAGGAGGCAGAGUAAGAGUUGAGAUCGACUUAACAUUACCGUUGAAAGCGGGAGCUGUUUUGGAUAUAGGCAAUAAAUGUCUCUGGGUGGAGUUUAAAUACGAGCGGCUCCCCCACUAUUGCUUCUCAUGCGGAAAGAUCGGACACUAUGCCACUGACUGCCUCGAAUUUCCAUAUGCAACAUCACCCUAA